AUGGGUACUCGUGUUUCAAUAUUUAAUCAUUUUAUACUAGUUCGUGAAGCAUUAAAGAAACUCUUCAAGAAUUUCUACGAUAACGACAAAACUGGAGAUUUGCCAAAGGAAAUCGAAAUUUUCGUAGGAGCUAAAGUUAUGCUUAGAACCAACUUAAAUGUAUAUCAAGGACUUGUAAAUGGUGCAAUAGGAAAUAUCACAGAGAUUAACUGGCCCAAUUUUGCUAGAGAUCAACUAUAUGAUGAAUGUAUACCAACAUUAAUUCGCGUCGACUUUGGAAGAGAUGGUAUCCAUAAAAUCAAGCCCAUAUCCAUUCAGUUUCCUGCGAUGCGCAGUUGUGGUACUGCUGAGCGUAGAAUGUUGCCAAUAAUUUUGUCAUGGGCAGUAACCGCACACAAGUUACAGGGCUCCACCGUCGAUCAUGCUGUAAUUUACCUUGGACCAAGGCUCUUUGCAAAAGGACAAGCUUACGUUACUCUUAGCAGAGUGAAAUCCUUGCAAGGCCUCAGAAUUUAA